AUGCUUCACAAGCCGACUACUCCCGCCCCAUCUACCGCCGCAUCUGCCGGCGGAUCUGCCGGCGCAUCUACUGGCGCCGCUUCUUCAUCUUCCCCGGCAGCGUCUGCUGUCUCGACAAGCACCGCUUCCGGCGGUGGGCCAAAUGUAACGGCGGGAGCCGUCGCGACAGGGAGCCGCAGCGCUACGUUACGAACGUCGACGCCGAACCGAACCGCCUCCUCUCCCUCCUCUUCCUCGUCGCCUACUAUCGCGUUUCCGAAUCUCCAGUCGCCGUACUUCCCGUUUGAGGACCCGGAUUUCUUGGAAGCUUUCGAAACCGCCGCAUCGCGGCAUGCUGAACUGCGUGACGAGGCGCUUCGACGACCGUCGAUUGACGAACGAGCCUCUGCACUUCGCGACGGAUUUUCGAAGCCGAAAGAUUCGGAAGAAGCGGCGGAGGGGAGUUACGAUCUGUCGGUUGCCGAACGGGCGGUUCAACUCUCGUGUCGUCUCACGAAGAAGGUUCAGGCGCAGCUGCGGCGCGAGGCGGAAGAUGUAACGCGGUCCAAGCCGGACAGGUCGUACGUUACUGUAGCAGACUGGGGGGUUCAGGCGGUUGUUAGCUGGGUCCUGAAGCAGGCUUAUCCGGGGGAGGUGGUAUCUAUGAUUGCGGAGGAAGAUACGAAGCAGCUGACGAACGACGCGGGAAGCGCGAUUCUCUCGCGGCUCGUCGGCGUAGUUAACGAGUGCCUUGCUGAGGCGCGUUUGGUCGGUAUUGAGCCGCCGGAGCGCCCGCUUGAGGCACCAGAGGUGCUGGAGUUGAUUAAUCGCGGUUCGUCAGAAGGCGGCGCGGUUGGGCGGCAUUGGAUACUAGAUCCGGUGGACGGCACACUUGGAUUCGUUCGGGACGAUCAAUACGCAGUCGCUCUGGCGUUGCUAGAUUCGGGCAGCUUAAAACUCGGUGUCUUAGGCUGCCCAAAUUUCCCGGUCAGGCCGGGGUGGCUACGACAUCCGCACCGCUUUCACCGGAUAACAUCAAAACUUUUCCCAUCCCGCGAUUGGCGAGAAGGAGUGGUGCUGAAAGCGCUCCGGGGUCAUGGCGCCUUCGUCGAGCCGCUCGUAGGAGGCAAUCCCGCAGCAAUAGCCGCCGCGAAGGCUCCCCCUAGCGGCAGCAACGGUGGCAGCAGCGGUGGCAGCAGUCGCCGCACGAAGCUGGAUCCUGAUUGGAGCGCGACGAGCGCCUCCAACAGCCACGUGGCUCGCAUCCACGUGUCCGAAGUGUGCGAGCCGUGCCGCGCGACUUUCUGCGAGCCGGUUGAGAAGGCGAACUCGAACCAGACGUUCACGGCAGGCCUGGCGGACCUCCUGGGAAUCAGUAACGCUCCUCUCCGCGUGUACAGCAUGGCAAAGUACGCUGCUAUAGCCCGCGGCGACGCGGACAUUUUUAUGAAAUUCGCGCGUAACGGUUACCAGGAGAAGGUCUGGGAUCAUGCUGCAGGGGUGGUGAUUGUGGAGGAGGCAGGCGGCGUUGUGACUGAUGCGGGCGGCAAGCCUUUGGAUUUCACUAAAGGCCGUUUUUUGAGCUCGCUCGAUAGAGGGAUCGUGGCGUCGAGCAGCUUGGAGCUGCACCAGCAGCUAUUGACGGCCAUUGAUGCAAGCUGGAGAGUGUACCACGGAGGGGAAUUUACCCAACAAGACACCAACACUCUGCUGAUGCUCCAGCAGCAGGAUCUUAUCCAGACGGUCGAUCCGUCACUUGACGGAACGGAUUACCCUAACGGAAACUCGUCGGAUUAUUUUGCCAACGGGGAAAAUCCGGCGGACGAUUUUUCCGACGUAAGCGGAACGGACCCUGACGAUUGGCUGAAGCGGGAAUGGCUGAACCAGGACGGAAAUUUCACGGACGACGACGGUUCGGGCCCGUGGGGAUCGCUGCCGGAUUACGCGGAAAUGGAUGGCGGGAACAACGCUGAUUGGCUGGGGCCUGGGGAUGACGAGUUUUACGAGGAGCAAGCGCAAAUGUCGGAUGAUGAGUUGGAUACAUUGCUGACGCCGGUCGCUGCCUGUCAGCCGUCUAAACUGCCGGGAUACAACAACUCCGUCGACCUUAACGGCAAAGGCCUCCUCCUGCAUUGGACGCACCUCUCCCCGCAGCUGAUGCAAAUGGCAGUGGAGGCAAGGCCGGGCAGCGAAGCAGCCGCAGCAGGGUGGAUCUCCGUGGGGUGGUCUCUGGAAGGCCAUAUGGUCCCUUCGGACGCUAUUAUCGGGGGUGCUGCAGUAGCCCCUGCGAGCACGCCGGGUGGUUUACCCUCGGCGGCUCCGCCGGGUGGUUUACCCGCGGAAACGGUUCUGCCGUUUUAUAUCACGGGGUAUGAGUUGACUAGCCUGGAGCGGACGAACGGGCUGAACUACAACGAGAGGGAGUGGAACUGGACGAGGAGCAAGGAGGGAGGUGCGAUCAUGAGGUUCACGCGCAGCGCGGAGCUAGACGGGUUCAUGCCCGUGCAGCCGAUGGCUGUGAACCACAUGAUAUGGGCCUUCGCACCCAACGCAUCGCGACAGCUGGCAUACCACGGGCAACACAAGGGAUCACUCCGUGUGGACUACUCCUGUGCUACAGCUGUUGACGCCGCUACCUUGGCGGCUGUAGCGCGCUACAGGUCUCGGCUUGCCUGCAAGCCUUCUUACCUGCCCGGCUACAGCUGCAUGCUACAGCUGCAGGGCGACAGGUUCGUUCUGCACUGGCAUCUGCGCAACUCCUCUAUCCUCCUCGCUGCUGACGUGGCAACCACCGGUUGGGUGGCUCUCGGCUGGUCCAAGGACGGCAAGAUGGCCGGCAGCGAGGCAGCCAUUGGGAACCUGCCACGUGGCACCAUAAAGACCGGGGCGGCAGUGGGGCCGUACACGAUGACGGGGUAUAGCAAGGCUGACGUGGCACCCAGCGGGCAGUUUGAAUUGGUCAACGAUGCAGUUGGGACUUCGUCAAAUGGACGAACUGUGAUGAGGUUCGAGCGAGGCCUGCUGCCCGGCCAGAUGCCAUUCAGUAGCAACUUGAAGGCCACCAUCAUCUGGGCCUACUCUCGAGACAACACACAGGAGCUGGCUUUCCAUGGAGAUAACAUGGGGUCCGUCACGAUCGACUUCUCCUCCGGACGCUCCUCCCCCUCCUCAUCCCCUGCUCUCAUAGCCCACUCGGUCUUCCUCUCUCUCGCUUUCUUCCUCCUCAUGCCAGCAGCAAUCCUCAUCGCACGUCUCUUCCUCGCAACCCCCUCCUCUCACUCUUCCAACCCACUCCACCUCUCAGACGCCAACAGCACAGACUCCCAUCCCUCCUCUUCUUCUUCCUCUUCCAUGUUCCCCUCCUCCUCUUCCUCUUCCCAUGCUGAUGACUCGAUGUUAACUGACUCACGUGGAUUGUUCUGGUUCACAUGGCACAAGUACCUGCAAGUGGCCGCGCUCGUCUGCAUCUGCGUCGGGUGCAUCACGGCGUUUGUCUCAUCUGGGUCCCAAGGUUUCCAUUAUGCCCACGCCUGGAUCGGUGUUUUCCUCCUCGUUCUCCUCGUGGCUAUCCAACCUCUUGUUGUCUUCUUCCGCCCGUCUACCCGCGCGUCGUCGUCUGAUUCAUCGGACUCUGCCGGCCAAUGGCGUCACCCCAGUUGGACGCGCGGGAGGUGGCGUAUGGUGCAUUGGUUGGUGGGCGUGGUGGGAGUGGUGUUUGGCUGGUUCAACUGUUUCCUCGGGCUCACUCUCUACAGUAAAAAGUUCGCUGCCGGAGUCGUGGGAGGAUAUGCCGUGUUUGGAAUUCUUGUUAUCAUCAUCGCCUUUAUUUAUGGUGCUCUUAUCGUACGAGAUGUGAAGAGGAAGAAAGCUGCCAAUGCCGCUGCUGCUGAAUCCACUGGGUUUCAGAUGCAAUCCAGGGCAGUUCUGUACUCCGGUGGAUCCUCCGAGGGGUAUCCGUCCGUCUGCCAAAACUCCACGCUUCCCGGCUACACGUCGUCUUUCCAGCUAACUGACGGCCUCACUAUCCACUGGAUCCCCGCGAAAAACACCUCAGAGCUUCAAAUGGCCGUCGAGGCGCGGCGAGUCGCCUCUUCUUCGCCCGACAAUCAGACGUCGCAGGCGCUACCCGGGAAGGGCUGGUUCUCCGUGGGCUGGUCGCAGAGCGGCGCCAUGUAUCCCGGCGACGCGGUGGUGGGCAAUCAGCCGCGCGCGCCGGUCGCCGCGUACAGCAUGACCGGGCACGACGCGAGCGCGGUUCGGCGGACGAAUGAUGUUCAGCUGGGGAAGACGAGUCUGUCGCGCAGCAAGAGCUCCGUUAUAAUGAAGUUCUCUCGUUUUGAGAACAACGGUGGAGUCGUGCCCUUCAGUAUAAAGGGCUUCGGUAUAAUCACGUGGGCGUACGCACCAGACGGCACCAGAGUCCUCGGAUCCCACGACAGCAAUAAAGGAUCAUCACAGAUUGAUUUCUCCUGCGACGCUUCUGCUCCCCCGCCCGUCUCCCGCCCCACCUCAGCGGCCAGGCAGGGCUGCAAGAAGUCGACGCUGCAAGGGUACACCUACCAGACCAGCCUGCAGGGCAGCAGCCUCCUCCUGCACUGGAAGGAAGCAGCAGGCAAGCAGGUCGAAAUGGCAGUGGAAGCAAAGCCCGGAAGUCCCGCCAAAGACGGAUGGAUCUCCCUGGGCUGGAGCGGCCCCAGCGGCCGAAUGGUGCCCUCCGAUGCAGUUGUUGGGAACCUUUACAACGGGGAGAUCUACGCGUACAAGGUGCCGGGGUACUCGAGUGACUCGUUUUCGCGGGAUGGCUUCGACAUCGGGAGUCAAGCAAGCACAAAAACCGAAGGAGGAUCGAUCAUCAUGAGGUUCACGCGCACGGACAACACGGGAUGGUCAAAUAAGUUCAAGCUAUCAGGGAAGAACAGCCUUAUAUGGGCUUACUCGUCCUCGGGAUCCAACACACUGGGCUCGCACGGACGCAACUAUGGUCGCCUCUCUGUUGAUUUCUCCUGCCGCACGGCACCUGCUAAGUCCCGCUCCCCCUUCCCGUGGUGGCCCAGACGGGGUGGGGGUGGAGGGGGAAGGGAUGGGGAUGGGGAUGACGAUUAG